AUGACAGUUUCAAGCGUUAAUCAAAGAAGGCCCCUGAAUGAUCUUAAUCAUAAUCAAGUGGUGACCAAUCCUGGAAGUCCUCUUAUUGGCCAUGAAUCACCUCUCGUGUCAAUUUUAAAAUCCCCUCCCCCACAAAAACCAAAAAUUUCAGCUACAACCCCUUGGAAAAGAUUUAAAUUAUUUGAUUCCCCUUUCCCUCGUUAUCGUCAUGCUGCUUCAUCUAUCUCAAGUGAUAAAAAUGAAAUCUUUUUAAUGGGUGGUUUAAAAGAAGGUUCCGUAUUUGGUGAUACUUGGAAAGUGAUUCCUCAAGAAAAUCAUGGUGAAAUUGUUUCUUAUACAAGUGUUUCUAUAGAUAUCAUCAAUCAUAAUAAUCCUCCUGCUAGAGUUGGUCAUUCUUCAGUAUUAUGUGGUAAUGCAUUUAUAAUAUUCGGUGGUGAUACCGUCGAUACUGAUUUUAAUGGUUUCCCUGAUAAUAAUUUUUAUUUAUUUAAUAUUAAUAAUAACAAAUAUACUAUUCCAAGUCAUAUUUUAAAUAAACCAAAUGGAAGAUAUGGUCAUACUGUCGGUGUUAUUUCUUUAAAUAACAAUUCAUCCCGACUUUACUUAUUUGGAGGUCAAUUGGAAAAUGAUGUAUUUAAUGAUUUAUACUAUUUUGAAUUAAAUACUUUUAAAUCUCCAAAGGCUAGAUGGGAAUUAGUUGAACCAUUAAAUAAUUUCAAACCUCCACCUUUAACCAAUCAUUCCAUGGCCGUUUAUAAAACUAAUGUCUAUGUGUUUGGUGGUGUUUAUAAUAAUGAAAGAGUUUCAAAUGAUCUUUGGAGUUAUGAUGCUUUAGCUAAUAAAUGGACUCAAAUCCCAACUACCGGUAAUAUUCCAUUACCAGUUAAUGAACAUUCCAGUUGUAUCGUUGAAGAUAAAUUAUAUGUUUAUGGUGGUAAUGAUUUCAAAGGGGUUAUUUAUAACUCUUUAUAUGUUUUGGAUUUAAAUAGUUUUGUUUGGUCCAAAUUAACUGAUGUUGGUGAUGUUGAUGGUCCAGGUCCGAGAUGUGGUCAUUCUAUGACUUAUUUACAAAAAUUUAAUAAAUUACUUAUCAUGGGUGGUGAUAAAAAUGAUUAUGUCGUUGAUGAUCCAACUAAUUUCGAAACUUAUGAAAAUUAUAAUGGUGAAGAAAUUGGUACUAUGAUAUAUGAACUUGAUGUUGGUAUUGUGGAUCAUUUCUUAACUGAAACCGUGGUUGAACCACUUAAACCACCAAAGAAAGUGGCUGCUUCUGCUGCUAAAAAUGUCGAUAAUGAAGGUUUCAAAGGAUAUGAAAAUCAUGCCAGAAGUUUUUCAGCUGGUCCAGAAGAUUUCAAAACUCCAAGUGGUUCUCCACCUCCUGAAAGAGCUGAAUUAAAUCAUAAUGAUGAUACUGUUACCGAUCCAAUCGUGCCUCCAAAUGAUAGAUUUGUUGAAGUUGAUUUACCAAAUACUACUAUUGAAGAUAGUGGUGGUGCUGCUGCUUUAAAUUCAAAUAAACCAGCUGAAAAUCCUUAUCAUAAUGGUCAUGCUUCACUUCUUGAUAAUUAUGAUUAUGGAGAUUCAAACGAAAAUAUUCAACCUGUUACUCCUCUGGAUUCUCAAACUAAAGAAAUUGAAAGUAUUCCUGAUCCAAAUCUUACUCCUAUGAUAACUCCUCAUUUAAAUCAAGAUGAUUCUAGAAUAAAACGUUUAGUGGCAGAAUUAACUAAUGAAUUAACGCAAUUAAAAUCAACUACAAAAAUGCAAAUGCAAAAUGCAACUGAAAAGAUUCAAAAACUUGAACAAGAAAAUGAUAAUCUUAGAGGUAAUCAUUCAAGAGAUAUAGAAGGAUAUGAAAAACAAUUGAAUGAAAAGAGUUUAUUGAUUGAUGAACUUAAAUCAACUAUUGAUCCAACUCAUUUGAAUGUGGAUGAAAAAUCUCCUGAAGGUUCUAAUGUAUCUGAAUUAAGUAAAUAUAAAUUAGAAAGAUUGGAAUUAAACAAUAAAUUACUUUAUUUGGAACAAGAAAAUUCAAAAUUAAAGUCUAAAUUUGAAGAUUUUGAACCAUUUAUGAAUAAUCAAGUUGGUGAAUUAAAUAAAUUCCAAAAGCUUAUUAAAGCUCAUGAAGAAAAAAUUGCUAAACUUUCAAGUCAAACUAAAGAUCAAGAAUUAUUAACUAAAGAAAUUAAUGAUUGGAAACAUAAAUAUGAGAAUUUAAGUUUAGAAUAUGAAAAUUAUAAAAAUAUUCAUAGUGAAGAAGAAAUUUCUGAUGAUGAAGAAUUUGAUUCAUCAUUACAUAAUGAUUCUCAAUUUGAUGAACCAUCAAAUAGAUCAAUUGUUAGUGCAGCAACUUCUACAGGUAGAAGAUCAAAGAAAGAUAUUUCUAAUCAAUUGGAAGCUUUAGUUAAUUUAUGGAAUUCUAAAAAUCAAGCUAGAACAGUUAGAGAAAGUACCCCAGGUGAAAAUCCAAUUACACCUGAAAAUAAUCCUAUUGUGGCUAAACUUCAAGAACAAGUUGAUGAUUUAUUAAGAAUUAGUAAACAAAAUGAUCAAGAUUCUAAUAGUCAAAUUGGAGAAUUAAAGACUCAAUUACAAGAUAAGCUUUCUAGUUUAAAGAGUUUUGAAGAGAAUUAUCGUGAUGCUUUACAAUCGGUUAAUAAUACUAGUAAAGCCUUAAAGGCAAGUCAUGAUGAAUUAACGAAUCAAAGAUCACUUAUGGAAAAAUUGGUUAAAGAAAAUAAUGAAUUGAAGUUGUUUAAAAAGGCUAAUAAGAGAAUUAGUACUAGAAAUGCAUCUCCAAUAUUUAAUAAUAGUCAAAUUCCAGAAGUGAAUGAAGAAGAUGAUGAUGAUGAUGGUGAAGGUGAAGUAUUCAACAGUGCUCAUUAUAAUAUGAAGAUUAAAGAUCUUGAAGCUGAUUUGUUUGUGUUAAAACAAGAAAGAGAUCUGUUGAAGGAAAAUGUCACUAGCUUACAAAAGCAAUUAUAUUUGUCAAAAAGUAGUGAUUAA